AUGAACAGUAUGAAUAACAUACAGCAAACUAAUGCUAACAAUAUCAACAACCAAGACAUGGCUGCCAUCCGAAGAUAUCGGACAGCCUUUACUAAGGAACAGUUGACACAAUUGGAAAAAGAGUUUCAUCGGGAAAACUAUGUGUCGCGACCGCGAAGGUGUGAGUUGGCCGCAUCCCUAAGCCUUCCUGAGAGUACUAUUAAGGUUUGGUUUCAAAAUAGACGUAUGAAAGAUAAGCGACAACGUAUGGCACUUACCUGGCCGUACACAGACCCGCACUUUGCCGCCUAUAUGUUUGCCGCAGCGGCCACUGCAGCCGCCUACGGACAUCAGCCGACCGCUGCCUACUGGAACCGAAAUGGCGCCGCAUAUCCAAACUCAUCCUAUAUGAUGAUGAGGCCGCCAGUGUCAUCGGCACCGGUAACACCGAAUCAGUUCAUACCGUCACCCGGGAGUCUGUCGCGAACUAUAGAUUCAAUAUCAAAGACAGAUGACUGUUGCAAUUCAAACGUCUGUCGCGGAUGUAAUUCACCCACAAAUGUAAUACUUAACACCUCAUUACCGAUGACCAGGACUACUACAUCGCCGGACAUACCGAUGUCGAAGCCGCUCUUUCAGCCCUAUAAGUCUGAUCUGCAAAAGUAA